AUGAAAGUUUUAGCAUUGAUAACAUUAUUUGCUUUAAUAUUUAUUACAUCUAGUAAUGUAAUAAAAAAGGAUGCUGGAAUAAAUUGUGGUUUAAGAUACAGAAAAAAUACAAUGGCACAACAAUUCAUUGGACGUGUUCGUGGAGCUAGUCUUAUUUGUGAGAUGUGUCUUGAUUUAGUUUUAGUUGGUGAACAAUAUGCUGAAUGUGGUGAGGAGUAUGUUGCUGAUAAACUUGAAGCUGAAUGUGACAAAUAUCUUGGAACAAACUUUUUAGACAAAAUUUGCCAUACUAUUGUAGGUGAUCUUGCCACUGAAAUUGUCAAUGAUACAGAAAAAGAUCCAAGUAAAUUAUGUUCUAAAGUUUUGAAGAAAAAAUGUAGUUAUGCUUAA